GCAACCUGUCAAAGGUCCAACAAGUUAUUUUAAAAUGACGCUUCAAUCCAAGUUUUCUAAUAUUUUGUUUUAAACUGCAAAACGCACGUCUUGUGACAAAGUAGUAAUGCUUUUUUUCUUUUUUUACACAUCUCUUUGUGUCGCAAUUUUCACUACAACCUACCGUGCCGUGUGCAGACGAUAUUUUUAUUUCGCGAUGGAAACAAAGGAAUCGAUGCAGUCUCAAGCACAACUAGUGACAACAACGUCGUCGUGAUGCUCUGACAAGCGUGAAAAAAAUAAUUAUGCGACUCUCGUCAGUUUUGGCAUGCUGUUUUGUUUUUGAAUCAGUUCGUUGUGGUUGUUGGACGAGAGGUGCGUUUUAGUGAACGCAAAGAGCUUGACGCUUCGCUUGGUUUGUUGACAAAUACUAGGCGAGCACAAGUCUUCUUCUCCGUGAGCACAAAAUUUGCAUGGUAUUUCGGCGCCUACUUACCGUGGCAUUGGGCUUGAUGCCGAAGAAAGGCCAAUUCUACUAUGCCGUCCGCAACGGGCGCCAGAAAGGAGUAUUUUUGACAUGGCCUGAAUGUGAGAGCCAGGUUAAGGGUUACCCCCGACCUGUGUACAAGAAGUUCAGCACCGAGCAGGAAGCCUGGGCUUUUGUCAACAAUGAUCCCAAUGGAGAGGUAACCCUUAGUGGUUCAGGGGCCUUUGGGGUGAGCUGCCACUCUGUCGGCAAAGCGUUGCAGGGACGCAAGCGCAAGCAUGCAGGUUCUGACCCUGUGGAAGAGCAGAGGGACCAGCGCUUCUGUCCAGAUCCCAAUGAACCGACUGACAUGCUUCACGUGUAUACGGAUGGAGCAUGCACUCACAAUGGUGGCAUAAACGGGACACCAAGAGCUGCCAUAGGUGUUUACUGGGGACCCAAUCAUCCAAUGAACGUCAGUGAGCGGCUUCCGGGUCAGCAAACAAACAACCGUGCCGAGAUCCAUGCUGCUGUCCGUGCCUUGCAGCAAGUGCGCAGUGUUGGUGGGCGUCACGUGACCAUCUACACUGACAGCUCUUUUCUCAUCAACAGUGUCACCAAGUGGAUGGACGGAUGGAUCAAGAAAGGCUGGAAGCUAUCCGAUGGGCAGGCUGUCAAGAACAAAGAAGAUUUCCUGGACCUGCUCAAGGCAGCCGAGGGCCUCCGUGUCAAGUGGGUGCACGUGCGGGGCCACUCAGGUGUGCCGGGCAACGAGCAGGCCGACCGUUUGGCCGUCGCUGCACUCGACCUACCACUGCCACCCGGAUGACCACUGCCGAAGCCGCUUCUUUUUCAUAUUAAAUGCAACUUUCUACUAACUUCAUUUCAGCCUGCCAUGAUGCUGGCUUGCAAAUUCCAAUUUUUUAAAAUAUAUAUAUAAGCUACAUUUGUGAAUAGAAAUCUAUUAGACGUGCGGCACAACUGCCUGCCUAAAUUGGUUUUAUACUUCCACCUGCACCUCUGUUUAGAGCGUCAAGUGGAGACGUGCGUCUUGGAAGAGUGUUUUUACAAGUGGGUGAGCACAAUGUACUCUUUCUUUUCUGCAGAUUACAACUCUUAGAGUAGAUUUUUAAGGGCUGCAUUAGCAAAACAUAUGCUAUUUCAACAAUGUUGCCUUAUGAAAAUGGAUAGCUGGGCUAGUUUGUGGCAAUUUAUGUUAAAGCAGGUAGCGUAAAGGAACAGCGACACAUGGGCUCGGCUUCGGUACUUGUUCUUUUGCACCAUCUGCUUUAAGAUGUUUUCUCGUAUAAUUCAAACGGGGAUUUCCGCCAACUUCUUUAGUCAAACACAAAAACAGAUAAUGUAACAAGAUUGUCGGAAAGCUGGUCUAGUUGGUAUAUUUUUCAUGUGUUUUUUUUUUUUGAAAUUAUUAUUCAGGAUAGUGUGUAUAAAACAGAAGUUUUUCACACAAAUUUGAAACCGUUUAUUUACCAUUUUAUUACUUUGCCAUAAACAAUCGACAUUUUUGGUGCAACCAGCUCUCGGACAGCCUUUCCAAAUACUUUGUUGUGGUUGACCAAGCAAAGAUACCAAAAAAGCGUUGAAAAAAAAAAGUUAUCUAAAAUUUAAUAACUUUAUUCUAAUGCAGAUGAUAGAAACCUACUUGAAUAUCUGGAAACUGCGGAAAACUAAACUAACAACUGCAUUAAUUUCGUUCAGCUAACCCAACUAGUAAAGAAAAUUUUUUCU